AUGCAGUCCGCACUCAGCACCAUCAACCUCUCGAUCGACGGAUGGCGGGCUCACAAUCGCAGAGAGUACAUCGCUGUUUACGGACACUUCGUCGAUAGCCAAGGCCAUCCUCGAACACUCCUCCUCGGCUUCCCACGACGUUAUGGCGGUCACACUGGCGACGACCUCGCAGCACUGGUAAAGCCAGUAAUUCUACAAUACGGCAUCGGCGAGAAGCUCGGCUCCUUCGUUAUGGAUAACGCUAAUGACAACGACAAAUGCCUCGAGGUGUUACAGCGUUCCUUUUCCUCGAUCGAUCUAGAAGCAGACCGUAUUCGCUAUAUCGGCCAUAUUAUUAAUCUCGUCGUUAAGGCUCUCUUAUUUGGCGAAGGCGUCAGCGCGUGGGAGAAGAACCUUAUUGAGGCUUCGGAGGAGCAGCGUGUAGCUCUCUGGACCCUUAAAGGCGUCAUUGGCAAGCUGCAUAACCUCGUUGUCUACAUUAAUCGAAACGACGCACGCCGUGAGCAGUUGAGCGCUCGCAUGCGCGUCACGAAGACAAGCGACGGCAUGCUGUUCGUCGGCGUGCUCCUUAGUGACGGUGGCAUUCGAUGGAACGCGACGUUCUACAUGAUCGAGCGUGCUCUUAAGUGUCGGCCUGCCAUCGAUCUUUACUAG